AUGGCGGAAGAAUUGUUAAAUAAACACGAUCCGAAGUUGGCAUAUGUGGUGAAAUAUAAUCAUGAUUCACCAAACCCUAGGGAAUUGGCUUCCCCUUUAGAGAUGAAAAGAGUCGCUAGGCCGCUAAGACAUAUCCAUUAUGUGCCGGUUAAAUCGCUAAUAUUCUAUUCCAAAAAUCAUCCUCCUCAGUUCUCCUAUGAAACAAAGAUAAAGACUCCAAUAUCUAAAGAUGUCAUUUCCGUGCAAGUGGAAUAUGUCGGUUUAAACCCAGUUGAUUUAAAGAUAUUCAAUAGUUACACUAGGCAUAUGAACUAUGAAGUUGGCAUUGGAAGAGAGUAUUAUGGAAAAAUCUCAGAAGUAGGCUCAAAUUUGGCAGAUACGUGGAGUGUCGGUGAUGAAGUUUGCGGUACUUUUUGGCAUCCAAAUUUAGGUAAAGGAACUUGUGAAUCUACCAUUUUGGUUGAUCCAAAGGUUGACGUUGUUUUACCUAAGCCAGUAAACAUCAGUACUCAACAAGCGGCAUCUACUUUUUACUGUCUUGGAGCCGCAUUCAAUAUCCUUGACAAGCUUGAUCAAGAGGGGAAAUUAAAUCAAAGCAGCAAUAUAUUGAUCAAUGGUGCCUCUACAAUGACCGGAAUAUUUGCACUACAACUCUUAAAGUUUCAUUACAGGAUAUUGAACAGAAUCGUGUUAAUCUCAUCUACCUCCGGUAUGAACUUCAUUAAGUCAAAUUUGCCUGAACUAGUCGAUGAAUUGCUCUUCAUCGACUAUGCAGCAACGAACGGUAAAAUCUACAAACCAUUAAGCGAUCUAGUGGCAAGCAAUGAAUUGGUUGAAUAUAACAAUGAAACUGGAAAUUUUAUAACUCAACCAUUUGGCCAGGGUAGCUUCAAUUUAGUUCUUGACUUUAUUGGAGGGUAUGACAUUAUCGGUCACUCUUCUUCCAUUUUGUCCAAAGAUGCUACUUACAUCACAACCGUUGGCGAUAAUAAAUCGAAUUACAAGAAAGAUACUUUUAAUUCAUGGGGUACUGCAAGUUCUAAUAUUAGAAAGCUGUUCGGACAGGUGCUAUGGUCUUUCGAUUAUCAAAUGUUUUAUUUUGAUCCAAAUGCCAAAUUAGCGACAAAUGAAUGGCCAAAAAAAUGUCAUGAGCUAAUAGAAAGUGAAGUUGUCAAGUUUAUUCCUGUAGAUAGGGUAUAUGAUUGGAAAGAACAUCAAAAGGCAUUUUCCUAUCUGCAGACAGGCCGUGCACAUGGUAAAGUUGUUUUAAAGGUAGAGAAGUUUUGA